CCGCCCUCCUGCACCGGCGGAUGGGCGAGGCGGUGGCCCGGGUGGCCAGGAAGGUGAACGACACGGUGGAGAACAAGGCGGAUUCCCUGGAUCUGGCCAACUGCAAGCUGAUGUCCUUCCCUGUUGGAGUCUACAAAGCCGUGAGGAGCGUCACCGAGGGCAUCCACCGCAUCUCCCUGGCCAACAAUGAGCUCAAGUCCAUCACCAGCCGGUUUGUCACCACCUUCAGCCAGCUGAGAGAGCUGAACCUGGCAGGGAAUUACCUGCACCGGCUGCCCGAGGAGAUCACGUCCCUGCUGCACCUCCGCACCAUCGACCUCUCCCGAAACCGCUUCCGCCGCUUCCCGGAGCCCCUGGCCACCGUGCCCGCCCUGGAGAGCAUCGACCUGGAGGAGAACGAGAUCGCAGAGGUGCCCACGGACAAAUUGGCCUCCAUGGCGCUGCUGCGGAGCCUCAACCUGCGAGCCAACCCCGUGGGCCCCGAGGUGCGGCUGCUGGUCCGGCCCCUGGUUCCCUUCGAGCUGCUGCUGUCUCCAGAGGAGCCCAUCCAUCCCUGAAUCCCGGCAGCACCCCCGGGUGCCCGAGCUGUCCCCAGGGGGAGCUGCCCACCACAGGGGUUUGGCUCGGCUCAGUCCCUGCUGCUCCCCCGU